UGCCGAAAUUGCUGCUGCCUUUCACGGACGCCGACAUGACGACGUUACGGCCGUUCAACUGCGACGAUUUGUUUAAAUUCAACAAUAUAAACUUGGACCCUUUGACAGAAACUUAUGGGAUCCCGUUCUACCUGCAGUAUUUGGCUCACUGGCCCGAGUACUUCAUUGUUGCCGAGGCUCCCGGAGGCGAACUCAUGGGAUACAUCAUGGGAAAGGCGGAGGGCUCGGUGGCCCGAGAGGAGUGGCACGGCCACGUCACCGCGCUGUCCGUGGCGCCGGAGUUUCGCCGCUUGGGACUGGCCGCAAAACUCAUGGACAUGCUGGAGGAGAUCUCAGAAAGGAAGGGCGGCUUCUUCGUGGACCUGUUCGUGCGCGUGUCCAACCAGGUGGCGGUCAGCAUGUACAAGCGUCUGGGCUACAGCGUCUACAGGACCGUCAUCGAAUACUACUCGGCCAGCAACGGCGAGCCGGACGAGGAUGCCUACGACAUGAGGAAAGCGUUGUCCCGAGACACCGAGAAGAAGUCCAUCAUCCCACUGCCGCAUCCCGUCAGGCCUGAGGACAUUGAAUAACCACGCUUGUGGCUCACCGGUAGACGCCACAAUUGAAAGGCCUUUGAGCGUCGCGGCGAGGCCGCCAUUUUG